ACUGGAAAUGAGUUCAAAACGCCAUGGCAACGACAAGAAUGGGGGGGGAAACAUGAAUAGUGAACAGUGCAGUGGCUGCUUGUGGUGUAUAGUGAAAGCGAUCCUCAUUUGUUUAAGAUUUGUAUUCUGUUAGUGAUGCUUCUCCCAGGGGUCGGGUCCUCCAGUGCGCCGUCCUUCCGUCCGUCCGUCCGUGUGCGCACCGCUGUCAUGGAGGUUAUAUUUAGACUGUGAGAGAAAAUAGCAGUGUUGGGUGAUUCCUCUGAAUGGUUGCUUGGGUUUUGUCAAGGACCUGCCAGAGACUAGAGCGCGGAUCAGAGAAGAGGAGGAGGGGGAUGGACGCUGCACACACAAAUACCAAAAUAGGAUAGAGCCGCCUGCGACCGUCCUAUACGCAUGAGCUAAAAAGAGGUUGAUAGGCUGUGGAGAGAAGGCACAGCCGGGUGUUUGUGUUCAACAGUAAGGGUCACUCAUGGAAAUAUGAGAGAUACCAUGUCACAGAAACAGACUGAGAUCUACACGUAUGACUUCUGUGACCGUGACCAUCCCUCCGAGCUGCUGGAUGCUCUCAGGCAGUUUUACCUCAGUGGUGCGUUCACGGACGUGGCUCUCCAAUGUGGCGAGUCCGGACAGGUGUUCCACUGUCACAAGGCGGUGCUUUCAGCCCGGAGCUCUUAUUUCAAAGUCAUUACAGCUGAUAUGAGGGAGAGGUCGAACAGUUUGAUCAAACUGUCAGGGGUUGAUGGUGGGGUUUUGGUCGCUUUGGUCAACUAUGUUUACACAGGCCAGGUGUGCAUCACUCAAAGCAACGUUCAGAGUCUCCUGGAGGCUGCGGAUCUCCUGCAGUUCACCUCUGUCAAACGAGCGUGUGAAGAGUUUCUCAUCCGCCACCUGGACGUGGACAAUUCUGGGAUGCACGCUUUUGCGCAGCUGCACCUUUGCGUCUGCCUGGAGAGGGAGGCACGCAGGAUCAUGCUGAGCAGAUUCUCAGAGCUCAUUGAGCAGGAAGAGUUCCUAGAGCUGGACCAUGAUAAGAUCAGAUCAGUUUUGGCUGAUCAGAACCUCAAAGUGCACAGGGAUGAAGUGUAUGUAGAUGCAGUUGCCAAAUGGGUAACUCAUGACUUAGAUAAUCGUGUUCAUCAUGCUGCAGACCUGCUGCAUACCAUCCAUCUGGACCUGGAUGAGAUUUACUUCAAGGCUACAUUGGAGGUGCACAGACAAUUCUUACUGAGCAAUGAAGGGAAACUGAAGCCUCUGAUUGUUCAGGCUUUAAAACCCAACCACAAGGAGAUAUGUGCCAACAGAAAUGUGUCUUCGAGUAUGUAUAUAAUUGGAGGAUACUACUGGCACCCACUUUGUGAAGUUCACAUCUGGGAUCCUACAAGCAACACAUGGGUGCAGGGAAAGGAUAUGCCAGAUUAUGAGAGAGAAAGCUACAGCGUCAGUUUGCUUGGGGCAAAUAUCUAUGUAACUGGAGGUUACAGGACAAACACUGUUGAGGCCCUGGACACAGUUUCAAUUUAUAACUGUGACUAUGAUGAAUGGACCGAGGGCUGCCCCAUGAUCACAGCCAGGUACUACCACUGCUCCGUGGCCCUGCACGGCUGCAUCUACGCUGUUGGAGGCUACAGAGGAGGAGCUCCGGAGCAAGAGACUGAAUUUUACGAUCCUUUGAAAAAGAAAUGGUUCCCUGUGGCCAAAAUGAUCCAAGGUGUGGGAAAUGCCACCGCAGCUGUAAUGGGAGAUAAAAUCUAUGUGACCGGAGGCCAUUAUGGAUACAGAGGAACCUGCACUUACGAGAAAAUCCAGGUCUACAGGCCUGAUGUCAAUGAGUGGAGUAUCAUCACAGUAUGUCCGCAUCCAGAGUACGGGCUGUGUUCUGUGCCUCUGGACACCAGUCUGUAUUUGGUGGGUGGACAGACGACAGUCGCAGACUGUUACAAUGCUGACAGAGACGAGUGGAGACAAAUAUCACUGAUGAAGGAGCGCCGGAUGGAGAGUGGAGCUGUUGUAAUAAAUGGCUGUAUUUACGUCACAGGGGGAUAUUCCUACUCAAAGGGGACUUACUUGCAGAGCAUUGAGAAAUAUGACCCUGAACUGGACACGUGGGAGAUCGUGGGGACCCUUCCCAGCCCGUCCAGGUCACACGGAUGUGUUUGUGUUCACAGUGUUUAGCAACAAGCCUUUAGUAUUGUUUAUUUUGUCAUUUUCUGCCGAAUGAAUCAAAUGCUUAAGUAUAUUCUGUCAAAAUGGGUAAGUGUCCGGUACACUGCUGUACAAAUCAUAGCCCACGUUUUGCACCUUUGAGUGACAAAUUCACCAAACUAUGAACAAUGAAGAACAAUUACACUAGCCAGUACUCAGGGGUGUUACAAGUAUUACUAUUAUUAUCAUUAAUAGCACUUUUUUAUUGGUUUAAUGAACUUAAAAACUAAAGGAGCCAUAUUUGAGCACAGUACAAUGAAUAUGAAUAAACUGAAUUUCCCUCA